AUGGCCACCGGCCUCAGCCCGGACGAUCAUCUGUCGCCGACCUUUCUGUCAGCCCAGCAGACCAUGCUCCUGCUGCUGCUCUCGGUGCUGGCCGCAGUGCACGUGGGCCAAUGGCUGUUGAGGCAGCGGCGGCGGCAGCCGGGCUCCGCGCCCCCAGGUCCCUUUGCUUGGCCGCUGAUCGGAAAUGCGGCAUCAAUGGGCUCGGCGCCGCACCUCUUGUUCGCACGCCUGGCGCGGCGCUACGGCGACGUCUUCCAGAUCCGUCUCGGCAGCUGCCGGGUGGUGGUGCUGAACGGCGAGAGCGCCAUCCGCCAGGCGCUGGUGCACCAGAGCGCGGCCUUCGCCGACCGGCCGCCCUUCGCCUCUUUCCGCGUGGUGUCCGGUGGCCGCAGCCUGGCUUUCGGCCAGUACUCGGAGAGCUGGAAGGCGCAGCGGCGCGCGGCGCACAGCACGAUGCGAACCUUCUCCACGCGCCAGCAGCGCGGCCGCCAGGUCCUCGAGGGCCACGUGGUAGGCGAGGUGCGGGAGUUGGUAGAGCUGCUGGUGCGCCGCAGCGCGGGCGGCGCCUUCCUAGACCCGCGGCCGCUGACCCUGGUGGCCGUGGCCAACGUCAUGAGCGCUGUGUGCUUCGGCUGCCGCUACAGCCACGACGACGCCGAGUUCCUCGAACUGCUCAGCCACAACGAGGAGUUCGGGCGCACUGUGGGCUCGGGCAGCCUGGUGGACGUGCUACCCUGGCUGCAGCGCUUUCCUAACCCGGUGCGCACUGCCUUCCGUGAAUUCGAGCAGCUCAAUCGCAACUUCAGCAACUUCGUCCUAGACAAGUUCCUGAGGCACCGCGAAAGCCUCCGGCCCGGGGCCGCCCCGCGCGACAUGAUGGACGCUUUCAUCCACUCGGCGGGGGCUGACCCGGGCGAUGGUGGCCCGCGCCUGGACGUAGACUACGUGCCGGCCACGAUCACAGACAUCUUCGGCGCCAGCCAGGAUACUCUCUCCACCGCGCUGCAGUGGCUGCUCGUUCUCUUCACCAGGUAUUCGGAAGUGCAGGCGCGGGUACAGGCAGAACUGGAUCAAGUGGUGGGUAGGCACCGGCUGCCCACCCUGGAGGACCAGCCCCGCUUGCCCUACGUCAUGGCCUUUCUUUAUGAAGCCAUGCGCUUCUCCAGCUUUGUGCCCCUCACCAUUCCGCACGCCACCACGGCCAGCGCUUCCGUCUUGGGCUACCACAUCCCCAAGGACACGGUGGUGUUUGUUAACCAGUGGUCGGUGAAUCAUGACCCGGUAAAGUGGUCGAACCCAGAGGACUUUGACCCAACCCGAUUCUUGGACAAGGAUGGCCUCAUCAACAAGGACUUGGCGAGCAGCGUGAUGAUUUUUUCUGUGGGCAAACGGCGGUGCAUCGGGGAAGAGAUUUCUAAGAUGCAGCUGUUUCUCUUCAUCUCCAUCCUGGCUCACCAAUGCAAUUUCAAGGCCAAUCCAGACGAGCCUUCGAAAAUGGAUUUUAAUUACGGCCUAACCAUUAAACCCAAAUCAUUUAAAAUCAAUGUGACUCUCAGAGAGUCUAUGGAGCUCCUUGAUAGUGCUGUCCAAAAGUUACAAGCGGAGAAAGAGUGCCAGUGA